AUGGAUCCAUCCGAAGAAAGUUUACAGAAACUAGUCAGCGAAUACCAAGAGUUAAACGGAUCGGCCAUCGACCAAGUCAGCGGCAGACUGCCAACAGCACUCGAACUAUCUCGAUCGAUUGCCCGCAAUCGGCCACUGGUGAUUCGGUCGUACGCUGGACUCCAAAGAGCCUCUUCUUCUUCCUCUUCUUCUUCUUCUUCCAUUGAAGAAGAUCAUCAUCAUCAUCAUCUCGAAGGUCUCGAGGAAUGGACGGAUCCGAAGCUCGUUCAGAGGCUUGCCGACCAGCCCAUCACAGUAGCAAGAACACCAUUCGGUAACGCUGAUUCUAUCGUGGAUGGCACAUAUUUCGUCGAACCGGCAUAUGAAAAACUUACGAUGGCUGAUUUCCUCGCUGAAUUACGCGGCUGCUCGGGGACUAAAAGCAGCCAGGAUGGCUCCACAGACGCGGCGAAUCAGGACCGGGCGUCUUCAGGAUCGAGAGGGGAUGUUGUGUAUCUGCAGUCGCAGGAUGGCAACUUGUCGAAGGAGCUUCGUCCACUCCUUCCCAACGUGGGCACCCACGUACCCAUAGCCAGCCAGGCGCUAGGAACCAAUCAACCUGACGCUGUCAAUCUGUGGAUUGGCGAUGACCGUAGUAUUACUUCACUUCACAAUGAUCCAUAUGAGAAUUUCUAUCUAAUGAUUGAAGGAUCGAAGACAUUCACGCUCUUCGCACCGGUGGAGUACUAUUGCAUGCAUGAAGGGCGCUACCGAUCGAGCCAAUACCACUGGUCCGAAUCGGACCAGAAGUGGACGAUUAUCCCGAAGAGCUCAGAGGAGCAGAUCGUUCCGUGGAUUCCGAUCGAUCCUUUGGAGCCCGAUUACAACACUUACCCCCGCUUCAGAUUCGCUAGAUCUAUGAGCGUCACACUCCAUCAAGGCGACUUGCUUUAUCUUCCUUCGCUUUGGUUCCACCAUGUUCAAGCCCACAGGACGACUCCUAACGGCCUGAUCAUCGCUUGUAAUUGGUGGUAUGACAUGAAUUACGAAGGUGCACAUUAUGCUUUGUUUUCGUACCUCAGAAGACAAGUAUUGGCUUUAGAUCGAUCUGGCCUACCCAACCCUAUACCUAAGGAUGUCGAAUUUGGGGAUGGUUCGAUUUCACCCUAAACAAUCUUAUAAUGUUGUGUUCAUUGUGAUCACACAGUUGAAAAGAAGUAGGAGAUCAUCCAAUGGAUGGAGCCAGGACUCCAGGAGCGGAAUGAUUUCGUGGCGGUUCCCAGGAGGAAUAUGUAUCUCCAUGGAGGACAUUGGAAGCCCAAAUACAAAAACCCGGCUUAAAAGAUGUGAAAAGGGAAUUCAAAGAUUUUGCAUUGUGCAGUUCAAUGGCCUAUCAAAGAAAGGCCUGUCUCAAAUCGGCUCAAGGGAGAUCAAAACUGCACAGUAGUUUGACAAUGAUGUUUUGACGUUCAACUCAUUGUGUUUGGUCUGAAUCAAACGAAAGACUUCUGCUCUGCCCGGAUGCUGUUUCAGUUUGUUUCCAACCUGAAUAUACACAGCUCAUUGUCAUGGCCGUUGGUUGUAGUAAAAUAUGUGAUCAUAUAGAGUAUGAAGUUAAUUAGUACUGUCAACAAGUGACCAGCAAGCUUAGCUCUGUGGCCAAAAAAGGAUCAGACAAAUUACUUCUACAACAAAACCAGUGACAGAGAGUCU